AUGGGAAAGGAGGAGUAUUCAAUAAGUUAUGGUUAUAACAGUUCUAAACCAAGUGUUUUAACACCACUGGUUUGCUCAUUUUGUUGCUUGGUUUAUGUUAUUGGAUUGAAUUUAUUUAAUUAUAUUGUAUGGUUUCAAGAGUUUGGCACUGGCAUCUCUAAUCCAGCAUUCAGAGACUUCCCAUAUUAUGAUGUAAUGAACAUAAUUACUGCAUUCUUUUGGUUUUUUUUGAGACAUAGAGAAGUCCAAAUGCCAAUGCUCUUCGCCUGGAUGAGUACUUUUAUCAAUGGAGAAUUUAGAACGGCAUUAUCAAUAUUUAAAGUUUAUGAAUCAUUGCUGUCUGAAGAGGAAUACACUGAUGAAUAUUGGAAAAAUCUAGAAAUGUAUAUGAUUCAGGAUAUGUUAUUGUUGCUACUGAAAAUUGCAAUAUUUGUCAUAUUCGUGUUUUUUCCAAAGUGUUAUAAAAGUAAUGACAUAGAAACUAAUAAAUCCUAUUUGGACAGUGGUCUAACUUCUAAAGUAGAAAGAAUGUACUUUACCAAGUGGGGGGCCGAUUUCGUUGCAACAUGUUUAGUCUGGUUUGACUUUAUGAUUGUUGUAUACGGAAAUUUUGAAUGGCCAAUAAUAAUUGCAUUUGGAUUCAUCUGGUAUAGAUGGAUAAGAGAAUGCAUUGAAAAUAAUUAA